AAAGUCUUUAAUGCUCUUAGUGAUAGAUUUGUGGAUAGACAUUUUGAAUUUCUCUACGUAAAUAUGGAACUCACAGAGUGAUGAAUGAGGCCAUGUGGCGGAAUGACUAGGUGUUUUCUUCACGAACACUUUAGUAGGCUGUGAACUCCUUGCAACGCGAAUUGAAAUAGUUGAUCCCAAAUGGGGUUUCAGUUGUUCCACCGCGUCGUCGUAUUCUUGUUUUGUUGAACCACGAACAAAUCUCUGUCCAGAUUGGCGGAAGGUACGAUAGGUGACAACUGGUCCGGGAAACUGAAGAAUGGCAGUUUUAACAUCGGCACACGUUGGUUGUCUUCUUGGGGCGUCGCAAACAUCAUGAACAAUUGACUUAAUAAACUAAAGUGAAAAAAAUAGUGACUCGUAAAUUUGAGGAAAAGUAAAUGUAUUAUAUCAUUAAAGCUAGUAGCUAUUGCUUACUAAUAUUAUAUGAACAUGUUUAUAUUUACCUGGCAUAUCAAAUUUUUUUGAGUCUCAAGGUAGGUAACAUACUUCUCAGCGCGCUGUAAGGUUUGUAAGUCAAUAACAGUGGGGAUGGGAUCUUCAUCGUGUCCAGCACUUACGUUCGUAAACGCAGCAGUGAAUACAUGGAGUGCAGCUGCAACACGCGGAACCAAAUCCAUGUGUUUUGAUUUGGGUGGGAUGACAGAACCGUCCUGUAUUGCUUCAUUGACUUCCGUGACGAAGGCGUCCUUUUUGUUCUUCAGGAAAUGCUUAGCUUCAUCGUGGAACUCAUAAGCAUUUUGUUGAUUUUGUUGGCACUCGUUGAUGUAGUGGAAAACUUGAUUAAGGAAAUCUUCAGGUUCAGUACUGAGGUGUUCCCUUGCGUUUUCAACUUCGUCUGAUGUUGAGCAAAGAGCAUUUGGUACAGCUAGCAGAAAGCGGUCGAUCAAGCCUUGUCCUUGGUCCAUUCUUGCGAUUAGUUGCAAGUUGCUCGGCUGCAUUUGGCAUUUGCGUGCAGCCGAGGAUAGCGAAAGGAGUGUUGGCUGGAAUAUCUCGGUUGCGUUCUGUGGAGUAUGUGUAAGAACACGCUUCGCCGGAAAAAAGUUUACAUGGUAACAUCGCGUCACCACUCGCGUUGUCUUCAUAAUUUUUGAGCAGUUUAUUGAGGACGUCAUAGAUUUCAGGAGAGACAAUGAAGGUUGAUUGCUUCGUUGAAAUGUGUUUAACCAAGCCGGAGGAAGUAGGUCUGUCAAGAAUGAAGCUGCUCAAUUCGUUGUCCAACAAAGAUGCAAGGGGUCCCAAACAACCGUGUUGAAUUGCUGACGAUUUUCCAGUGCCGGGGUAACCGACAAAUAUCGUGUAAAUGUUCAUCGGUUUCUCGUGAGUAGCAGUGGCAACUCUGCAACCAUUUUUCGCUGACAAGAAAGCUGUUGUUGAAAGCAGGGCAGGUACGAUGUAUCCAAUGGAGCUAUUGAUGGACGAAGCUUUGUGGCGUAGAAAGGUCUCCAUAUCAUCACGAAAAAGUUGUUGGAAAAUGUACGGGACAUCUGAUAUUCUUUUCUGCAGCUGCGUCCAUGUGACUUCGUGUUGCCGAGCAAAUUUUUGUGAGAGGAUUUUUCGUUGCCAUAUCGAUUAUCGAAGUUACUGUAUAUACGUAUAAGUGAAUCGUUAAAGAGUCAAAGCUGUUAUGGUGACAGAUCUGUGAAUAUUUUUAGUUGAGACGCCAAAAUUUGCAAUAUGAUAUGCGUGAUAUGACUGUUAAUGCAUUUAUCUCAAAAGUAAUGCGCAUUUUAGUGUCACUUAAUACCAGAGUUACAUAUGACAAUAGAUGACACUUGCAUGGUUUUAAAGAGACUGCUAUACUCAAUAAAAUAUUGUUUGAAUUUUCAUAUGGAGAAGGCGGUUCAAGUGUGCGUUAAAUCUACCAAAACGUGGAAGAAAAACACCGAAACGCAAACAGUGAUUUCAUCUUUAGAAGUGAAAAGCGUGGGUACACAGUGUGGGGGAGAAAAGCAUGACAGUUACAAUCGUGAGGAAAAGUUGAAACACUGGACGUAUGAUCUUUUAAGAGACGAAGUUCUCAGAAGCAAAGAGGAAAUCAUACAAUGGUGUAUGGAUGAAGGACUAAUUGCAAAAAGUCGACUCUGCUGUCACUGUGACCUUCCAAUGAAACUUGUUAAAUGCGAGGACCGCUCUGAUAAGUACAAAUGGGAAUGCCGUAAAAGCGUGAAUGGCAAGAGGAACAAGGUCGAGAUAUCAAUUCGGAAAGGCAGCUGGUUUGAAAAAAGCAACAUGACCCUCGAAGAAGUGUUGAAGUUUACUUAUUGGUGGUGCCGUGAUGUGAGACAAGAGGAAAUACGACAUGAGUUGAAUAUUGCCGCUCAUACAGCAGUUGACUGGGAUAGCUUUUGUCGAGAAACGUGCGAAGUUACACUUAUGGAACGCGAACAUCCAAUUGGCGGUCCUGGCAAGAUUGUGCAGAUUGACGAAAGCAAAUUUGGAAAGAGAAAGUAUCAUCGUGGACAUCGUGUGGAAGGUCAGUGGGUCUUUGGGGGAAUCGAGGAGGAGUCAAGAAGAAGUUUUAUGGUAGCCGUGGAAAAAAGAGACGAGUCCACGUUAUUACCGAUAAUUGAAAGGCAUAUUGCGAAAGGCUCAAUUAUAGUAUCAGACUGUCGGAAAGCGUAUAUAAACUUAGAAAAACAUGGGUAUGAACAUCGCUUAGUGAACCAUUCCAAAGAGUUUGUUAACAAUGAUGGAGAUCAUACGAACAAAAUUGAAGGGCACUGGAGGCAGGCCAAAUGCAAAAUGCCAUCGUUUGGUGUUCGAAAGAUUGCGUUUUCUUCUUACUUAGCUGAGUUUUUGUGGCGUUACGAACAUAAGGGAAAAGACUUGUUUUCAACGUUUCUUUGGGAUGUUAAAAAAAUUUAUUGUGAAUUUUGAAGUGUUGUAAAAUAUGUGAUAUAGUUGAAAUUGGUUUUGAAAUAUAAAAAGCAAAUACAGUAAUAUAUAGAUUUGUGCAGUGCAUGGUGUUAAAUUUCAGUAUUGUUGUAGUUUAUACGCAUCGUUCGUGUUUAUAAGUUUAUAUGCAUGGACAUCGUUCGUGUAUAUAAGUUGAUAAGAAGAUAUCUUAUUAUUGUCGUAGUUUAUAUGCAUCUUUCGUGUUUAUAUUGGAAUUAGGUUUUUAAAGAACGAGGCAAUAAGAUGUGGUAUUAUUGUCGUAGUUUAUACAUUGCCGUAGUUUAUACAUUGUCGUAGUUUAUAUGCAUCGUGUUUAUAAGUGGAAUGAGGUUUUUAAAGAACGAGGCAAUUAUAAGAUAUGGUAUUUAUUGUCGUAGUUCAUACGCAUCGUCUAACUUCGUAGCCACGUAUCCGCGUAUCCAAUAAAUACUACGUACAUAUAUCUUAUCAUUACGUCAUUUUCAAUUACACUGCACGUCAUGAGUCAAUUUAAUCUAUUGAUGUUCUCCGCUGACAAUUUUCCUUGCUUAAGUUCGGACCACGUAUCCGCGUACCAGUGAAAUGGUAGCUGCAUGAUAUAUUAUUACUAGUGGACGGGUAUUCUGCAAUUUAGCCGCUUUAAUAGCUCUUUCAAUAUUUGCCAUUGAAUAUAAUUUAAUAGUUGUGCGAUUUAAAGCACCUUUAAACGUAUAAAAAACCAUUUUGUAUACUAUAUUCUGAUGAGAAUCUGUUCAACAAAAUAUAUCGAUUGUGAGCGUGUGCCCGCGCGAAUUUAGUAAGCGGAACAAACAUAAGCAAUAAAAGCGCAUGCGCCAUUUAUCUCAUUUUGGAUAAAAAAAUUCGAUUUCCUCAGAGUCAUGCCACUACCUAACUCGCGAACAGGCAUACUCUGGGAACGAGAUUGUGUCAUAAGAUGAACAGAAACGAAGAUAUGAAGGUUGUAUUUGUAGUAAAUUACAGUAUAUGGCGCGUCAACAGGUUGCAGUGGAAUUUUUGUCUAUUUCACUUGUUUAGGCCACAUAAAAUAAAUUCCUUGAUUCUCAUCACUACACUUUGAAAAUGUCGAAGAGGCGGGAGGUUUAUAUUUUAUAUUUAUAUAAUUUAUAUAUCAAUAAAUAAAAAGUAAUUCCUAACAUUUAAUAUUUCUGUGAUUUCCAAAGCGAAGUGUCACAAACCGAAAUAAACAUAUUUCUCCACGAACAAUGACUGAACCCUUGAACUGAAUGCGAAGUUCCUUUAAAAUGCAAUGAAAUUUCUUUCAAGGUUCUAUUUGUUUGAAAUUGGCAGUUUAAAAUGGCACUAAAAACCCAAUAUAAAAUAUAAAAAACUUAACUGUCUUGAAAUAUUUUGUCGGGCGGUACAUUUAUAUUGUAUAACAAAAUAUAAAAAAUUUUCACGCGGCUCUUAGGGACAAGUCAUUAUUAAUGCCGGAUAGGGGGCCGGAGGAAAUUUUUAUGAAUAGCAAAAAUUUUUCAUGACCCCUUAUUUUUCUAACAAAAUCAUUAUAUCCCCCCCCCCCUUAUUGAGGCAACAUAUUUCAUAGCCCCCCUUCCCCCCCGCAAUUCUGAAUUCAAUGAAUGUAAGUCAGUUUCGUAAGCAUUUUUCCUGCCCUCAUACUCAGUUUACUUGCAGCUGUAAAGAAUAUUGUAAAUAUUGAAAAUGAUAGCCAAGGUGGACCAGGGCCUUUUUUUAAGGAUUUUCCCGUGGGGGGGGGGGGCAUUUUUUGAAAAGGGACCUUUCUGUGAGAUAACAUAUUAGAGGGGGAUAGCAAUGGCUGAAAGCCACGUGUGUGGUAAAUAUACCACGGAAAUGUCAUUUCCUGCAUUCUGAGCAUCCAAAUUUGCUCCAAAAUUUAUCCUAACUAUACUUGUAUUUGAAAUAAAUAAAGGAAGAAACGCACAAAAAGUAACAAAAAAUUAACCAUCAUUUAUGAUUACUUAUUAGAGGAUAGCAAUGGUCAGGUGUAUGGGGGUGUACUCCCCCAGAAAAUUUUUGAAAUUUGAACCACGGAAUUAAUGCCAUUUCUUGCAUUCUGAGCAUCCAAAUUUGCUCUAAAAUUUAUGCUAACUAUAGUUGUAUUUAAAAUAAAAGAUGGAAAAAUGCACAAAAAGUAAAAAAGAAUAUUAACUGUAAUUUAUCAUUACUUAUUAGAGGGAUAAUCCCAAGAAAAUUUUUGAAAUUUGAAACCGUGAAAUUUCAUGCAUUCUGAGCAUCCAAAAGAUAAAAAAAUAUUAACAAUCAUGGCUUAGUGGUAAAAAAAGUAACAAUUUAAAUCGAUUUUGUUAAACAAGAACAGAGGAUAAAGCCUAAAACUUACUUUCCGUUUAUCUAUUUGUUAAUCUUCGCUGGAUUGUUUGUUAUAAUUUUAGGAAAAAGGGACUUUUCCUGGGGGGGGGGAUGUGAUUUC